CGGCGCGGCUAAUUCAAGAUGGCGGAGAUGGACCAGCUGUUAGACGAGAGCUCCUCAGCAGAGGCACUCGUCAGUCUAAAAGAGGGUAGUUUGUCCAACACUCUGAAUGAAAAGAACAGCUUCCCAAGAGCUCACAACACCAGGGGACGACAUUCCUCCCUCACAAUGGAUACGCCCACACGGAGCUCAAAGAGGAGCCGUUUGUUUCGUGAAGAAGAUGAGCUGCCACAACAGCGUCUCCCCUCUAGAUCCCCUCGAAGGAGUCAGAGGGUCACCACCACACCACAGAAGUUUUCUAAUGUGGUGACACCAGAUAAAAAGGCAUCCCAGAAAAUAGGGCUGAGACUAAGAAACCUCCUGAAACUACCUAAAGCUCACAAAUGGUGCAUCUAUGAGUGGUUCUAUUCCAAUAUUGACAGACCGCUCUUUGAGGGUGACAACGAAUUCUGCCUGUGUCUCAAGGAGUCUUUCCCCAACCUGAAAACAAGAAAGUUAACACGAGUUGAAUGGGGAACUAUCAGGAGGCUGAUGGGAAAACCUCGACGGUGUUCGUCAGCAUUUUUUGCUGAAGAGCGAACAGCGCUGAGGCAGAAAAGGCAAAAGAUGCGUCUGCUGCAGCAAAGAAAACUGUCUGACGUGUCAAACUGCAAAGACCUUCCUGAUGAAAUCCCCCUGCCUCUCAUCAUAGGAACCAAAGUCACUGCUCGACUCCGAGGUGUCCACGAUGGGUUGUUCACAGGACAGAUUGACGCCGUGGACACCAGUGCUGCGACCUAUCGCGUCACCUUUGACCGCACUGGUCUGGGAACACACACUGUGCCUGACUAUGAAGUCCUGAGCAAUGAACCCAAUGAGACGAUGCCCAUUUCAGCUUUUGCCCAGAAGCACCGGACAACACGCUACAUGCAAAACCUCAUGACUCCACCCAGAGGAAUUUACCCCUCUGCUACAACUCCUGUCCUUAUGGACAAUGACCCUCUCAUUAAUCAGUCACCAUGGAGGAACAAACUUUCGGGUGGUGAGGGAGAAACUCUGGGUGGUUUUCCCGUCAAGUUUCUGGUCCAAGUGACAAGGCUGUCCAAGAUCCUCAUGAUCAAGAAAGAGCACAUCAAGCACUUGAAAGAAAUGAACACAGAGGCAGAGAAACUGAAGUCAUACUUGAUGCCUAUUGACCUAGAAUUCCAGAAACGAUACGCUACCACAGUGCUUGAGCUGGACCAGCUCAAUAAAGAUCUCAACAAGGUGCUGCAUGAAGUUCAGCAGUAUUGCUGUGAGCUUGCGCCGGAUCAGGGCAUGGUUCCUGCCGACCACCCCACAGAGUUGAGGCGGCGCUGUGAAGAAGAGGCCCAGCAGAUGGUGCAGCUGAGCAGUUCCCUAAGGGAAGGACCGCAGAGUUUGACGAACCCCAGCCUCACACACCUCAUUUCCCGCCUCACUGCUCUGCUACUACAGAUCAAGUGUCUGGCAGACGGCACUGACCUCAACUCAUUUGAGUUCAAAUCUCUAACAGACUCUCUCAAUGACAUUAAGGCAUCAAUCGAUCCCUCCAAUCUCAGUUGUUUCCAGAAUAAUGUUGAGAUCCAUGUGGCACACAUCCAGAGUGGCCUUAGUCAACUGGGCAAUCUGCAUGCGUUCGCUGCCAACAACACCAAUGCUGUCUGAGUACCCACAUUGUCCUCACCAAACAGAGGUCCACAUACACACAAAGGUGCGGUCCAUUCAUUCUGUCUCUUGAGAUGGUGCUUUGACCUGAACUUUCAACAGCCUGUGAACAAAAAAGCCUGCACGGCUGCUUCGGUCCACCUACAUGAUUGUUGAUGUCCCGGUGAAAUGACUCUGCCCACGUUCCUGAAACUGUGCAGAACAAAUGGGAGGAUGUCAUGAGUAUUUUAACCCAGCCAUUUUAUCGUCUAAAGGUGUUUGUGCACUCAAUUGAAUACAAACCUGAAUGAGUCUUUUACUAUUCUAUUGCCACAAAUCCGCCACUCCAGACUCCCCGUGAUUAUUUAUUGGUUUCUUGUGCCAAACGUUGAUUCUUACCGUUUUUAUAGUUCAUAUUUAUUUAUUUUUGAGUAGGCGUGUAUGGUUAUAAAACAAUAUUUUGCUAUCUCUAAAGUUUCCCCCCGUUAGGUGUUGUGUUCUAUUGCUCUGCUGAUUAUAAGCAUAGGGGAGGCUGAAGAAUGUUUUAUAAAAAAUGUUUAUUGUAGAUAAUUGUACAAUAUCUCUGAUUGAUAGGUUUCUGUUGUGUAAUCAGAAAUGACUUUUGUAAUUUUGUGUGCACUGAAAAGAUAUUUUGGUAUUUUUAUAAAGGAGAACUCUGGGGUUUUGAUGCCUUUUACUCUGUAAGACGAUCUUAGCAUUUCCACAUUUUGGCAUGGUUGUUGUUCACCCCACACACAUACACACACUAAGCCUGUGACUCUGAAAAUUAAAGUCAAAGGUUUUUUUUCUGCGAGAAUCUCCUUUUUCAGUUUUGUAAAGUUGUAUAAAGUUGAGUGCCGCAAGGCAAUUGUAUAUAAAUGUUUCUUUUUAUAUUAAACAUAAUAUUGCUAAGUA